ACGCAGUGACUGCUACCCCGUGCGCAUGGAACUAUAGUCCUCUAACUCUUGCUCCGUGCGCACGGAGCAGCAGUGGGUAUUCUAGCACCCCGUGCGUACUAUGCUCAGACAUCAGCUGUGAUUUAAGAUAGGUUAGGUUGUUUUGGGUUAGAAGCACGAUAUUGUUUCAAUAAUAAAAUGAAGGAGGGUGCGUUAUUUGCAACAUUGGAACAGUUGGAGCAAGAAAUAAAAGAAUAUAAAACGUUUAAAUACAAGAAUGAGGCAUGGGUUAAGACAGUGACAAUAUUAACCGAUAAAGACAUGACAGAGAGAAAUAUUUUUAAGAACGAAUUUCCACACGCAGACGUUUUACUUUGUCUUUUUCAUACACUUCGGACAUUUAGAAGGGAGAUUACUAUUGAAAGGAUGGCCAUAAAAAAAGAAACGAGAGAAAAGUGUCUUCAAGUAAUACAAAAAAUAGCUUACUCGGCAACUCUUAAAGAAUAUAAUAUUAACUACGAGGAAUUACAGAAACUUGAUGUUAAAAAUGUUUUAAAGUAUUAUGAUGAAAACUGGCAUAACAUAAAAAAUGAAUGGGUAGAAGGUUUAAAGAGUUCAUGUUUUACUCUAAAUAAUAGCACUACGAAUCGUUUGGAGAGCAUCAAUCAAAAAAUUAAAUCGGGUGUUGACAGACAUAGUUCAUUAUGCCAAUUUUAUACCGAUUUCAAAACAGUGUUACAGUCCUUGAGAAUAGACCGGGAUCAUAGUGCCCAACUUUUGCUGUACAAAACCCCCGUUACUCACUAUCAAACUUCUUCCACCGAAUACCGAUAUAUGAAAUUGAUAACAGCAUUUGCGUGGUCGCAUCUUGAAAAGCAGUUUAAAUCUUUGCCUACAACAAUUAUAAAAAUAAAGAAGGAAAAUGAUCAAACUUUUAGUUACAACUCAGACAGAGAAGGAUUAAUAAGUGUUACAGUUGACAACUGUUCUUGUCGCUUUCGAAACCAAAUGAAGUUACCUUGUCGUCAUAUUUUAGCAGUUAGAAGACAUUCCAAUGCUGAAUUAUAUGAUGAAUUGUUGGUAAAUGAAAGAUGGCUUGUGAAGUAUUACCUUGAAAACCAUCGAGCAACUAUGAAAGACCUACCCAUUUAUGAUUCAAACCAUGAACUACUAACUGAACAUACCAUAAGCAAGCCAGUUUUAAAUCAGCACCAGAAAUUUAGAGAGGCUUCCAAAUUAUGCAAUUCCUUAGCUGUUACUAUAUCACAAUAUGGGAAUAAAAGAUACCGAGAAAUUAUGGAUCAAAUGAAACUGUUAAAGUCUUUUUAUCAAAGCAAGAAAAAAGUUUUAAUUGUUGAAGUGAUUGAUGAGAAAAGUAAUGAUCACAAUUCAUCAAAUAAUACGGAAAUAUGUGUUUUGGACGAUAACCACUACGAAUUACACGGAACUAACUCCAAAAUAUUAACAGAGGCGGCAGAUAUAUCAUUAGAUUUAGAACUGCCAGGAGAAUCAGAAACGUCAGGUACUGUAUUAACAGAAGAAGAAAUACCAAUUAGUUUAUUGGGUGAUAAUACGCACAACUGUCCAUCUCAAGAAAUUGACUCGGAAGUACUAAGACAUGAAGCAGAAAUAUUACCAGAAGGAACAGAAAUAUUAGAAGCAGAGAUUAUAUCAGAACCAGAAGAUUUACAACUCGCAAAACAAGUAGAAUUGAUAGAAAGAGAAAUGCUACCAGUAACAGGAAGUGUUUUGGAUGGUAAUAAACGCAACUACGAGUACUAUGUAUUCCAGAAAAAUGACAGCAAAGGGGAAGCAGAAAUAGUAGCAGAAGAAACGAUAUCAAAAAAUCUAGAAAUUUCAGAUGGAGUGGGAAAAAUUUUAGAAUCGAACAUCAGCAACAAACAUGAUAAUAUAGGAACUAGCAAGAAAUAUGUGUUACGUGAAAUACAAAUACCUCCAAAAAUGGUUAAAUGUGGAAGACCGAAGGGUUCAGAGUUAACAGUCAUUGGUACAAAAAGAAAAAGGCGUAAAGCAUCAGGUCCAUCCAACAACUGAAUUUUAUUUUUCAUUUUUUAUUUAUUUCGAUUUGGUUUAACUCUGUAAAGUUUCUUAUAAUAAUAAUGUAUUCUCAAUAAAUAAUGUUAAUUUGA